AUGAAGGCCCAAGACCAUAACAACGAAGCAUGGUCGGAGGGCCGGGCCAUGCGCCCUCGCCCGAAGGAUGUGGCCUACCAGGAGUGCGAAGUGGACGAUGCUGAGGCAGCACCUCGAGUGCCCUAUGAGCAGCUGUCCCGCCUGCUCACUGAAGGAAGCUUUGCACGCCUCUCAGCGGCAACGCCUGCCGGGGAUCUGACGGCGGAUCUGCUGAGGAGCACAGGUUUCCAGGACCCCAUCCUUGUGAGGCCAUGCGAAUCCAUUGCCGCCACUCAUGAGAAGCUCGGCAUGCGCGCACCGGCUGGCCUGGAUGCAGCAGUGAUUGCAGCAGAGGCUGGGCCAGAUCUGCUGGUGCCGACCAUUGAUGUGGAGACACAGCAGUCGGGGCCGCGCAUGACGCUGCAGCAGUGGGCUGACUACUUUGCGCAUCCACCCGACAGCAUGCCGUCUGGCCGGCCCCGGCGCCGCCGGCCGCUGCUGAACGUCGUGUCGCUGUCACUGGCUGGCACUCCUCUCGAGGAUGAGGUGCAGGCUCCCCUGGCCGUGCGAGCUGUGGAUCUUGUGGAUGCAGUCUGGCCUCCCACAGAGGAGCCCCGGCCCGAGGUGCUUCUAUACGCCCUCAUGAGCCCAGCGGGGGCCUAUACCGACUUCCACAUGGAUUUUGGCGGCAGCUCUGUCUGGUACCAAGUCAUCAGCGGCCGCAAGACAUUCCUGCUGGUGCCGCCAACUCCACCAAACCUGGCCGCCUUUGAAUCCUGGGCAUCUUCUCAAAAGCAGGCGGGCAGAUUCUUUGGGCACGAGGUGGAGGGGGCGCUGCUGGCAGAGCUGGGCCCUGGAGACACCAUGCUUAUCCCAGGCUCGUGGCCACACGCAGUGGCCACGCUCGAGGACUCUGUCGUGGUGGGAGGAAACUUCCUGCACGCCCUGGACCUCAGGCGCGCUGUGGAGACAUGGGACAUGGAGACCAGGUUGGGUGUGGGGCAGGCAGCGCGCUUCCCCCUCUUCAGGCAACUGAUGUGGCACACCGCUGUGCACUACCAUGUUCUGCUGUGCGGUGGCGCGGCGGCGCCGGUGGAUGACUCAGCGGCGAGUCAUGCGGCAGGCCACGAUAGGCGGCCGGCCGUCAGCGCCUGGGAGAUGAGCGGCCUGGCGGCUGUGCUGUCCCUCCUGCGGCGUUCUCUCCGCAUGGUCGCCAGAUUUGGCCCCUCUGUCUGCCCCGCUAGCAUUGCCGACCCAGCAGGCAUGUUGCAGGAGCUUGACACUGCCAUCAGCAAACGACUGCCUGGCGGGCUCAGCCUGCAAGUGUCCGAUUACUUUCUGGAUCUUGACCCCCUUGACGACAACUUCCUUCUUGCUGAGGACAUCAUGCCAGAGGGCUUCCUGCUGAAAGGGGAUGAGGGCGUUCUGGGCAUGGGGGGUGACAUGGCACAGGAGGCUGCAGCAGCAUACCGGCACGAAUACCAUUUGCUGGAUUUUGGGACGGCCUCUCCGCAGCAGCCGCGCCUUGUGAACGGUCCUCACGAGACCCACACUUUGUCAGAGGAGGAUGCUGAGAUUGGAGAGGAGCGGCCUGGAAAGCUUGAGGACAGCGGCUCUGACUGGUCAGGGGCCAAGGGUGAUGAUGGGGACGCCCACAGGGUGCGCAAGAGACAGCGUGCCAGCAAAUCCAAAGCCCAAGGCCGGCCUGGGGAGCCAGGCAAAGGAGCACGUUUGAGGAGGCUUGUUAAGCGCAGGCCAGCUGCAGUGGGUAAUGGUGUAGCCACGAGGACAGCACCGGACGAGGCCCUGCUAGUGAAGCUUGGCAGCCCACGGCCGCGGCUGGUGCAUUCAGGGGACAGGAUGGCUCAGCAGAUAGCAGCCUAUGCAUCCUUGGACGAUGAUGAUGUGCGCCCCAGCAGCGCCCAAAAUGGGCAGAGACAGAGAUCUAGAGGGCCCCACGACAAGGAACCGCCGCGCAGUGCAGAGGAGGAAGCGCAGAGCAAGGCCCAUGCGGCUGUGUGGCACUUGCGCGCGCGCUUGCAGCAGCAGCUUGCUCUGCAGGGACGCGUAGCUGGCGGGCAGGUGCGGCUGAAGGACGGCGGGAAACGCCUCAGGGCGGCCGUGGCGGCAGCAGCCGCUGAGCUGGCGGCCGCGCUGCGCGCGCUGGAAGCCACGGGGAAGGCAGAAGCCCCCUGGGCACCCUCUGCCUUCCAGGGACCCACCCUCUCGUUCAUCGAUGCUGAGGGCCGCACCCAGGGUCCGUUCAUGCUGGAGCAUCUGAGGCUUCUGGCUGAGGAGGACGUAGUCACCUCCGACACAAUUGUGCUCCAUGCGGCGCACGGCCCCUCGCUGCUGCGCGCUGUGCUUGCCGUGCCGGCCGCUCAGGGAUGCGCGAACUCGGUGCAGCAUGCCUCGCAAGAGGGCGGCGAUCCGGCAAACCAUGCUGCAUCCAGUGGGUCAUCAGCAAAUGGGUGGCAUGGGGGAUCCCAGCAUCGGCGAGAGAGGCCACCGGGAAGCCCUCGGCGCCGCGGCCGCCGCUCCCCGUCGCCGGCCCGAGACCGGGCGGCGGCGGCCGAGAUGGCCCGCGCGCGGCGCACGGCGGAGGUGGCGGCCCGGGCCGCGCAUGCGCGCUCCCGCGAAGCCGAGCAGCAGGACGAGGCGGCCGAGACGUGGGCGCGGCUGCGGCACUCGCGCGCGUCGGCUGCGGUGCAGUCCCUGCAGCAGGAGGUUCUGGAGGCUGAGGCUGCAGCGGAGGGCUGCUGGACAUUUAUGGGCAAGGACGGCAGGGAGCACGGGCCCUUCACGCGUACAGAGCUGCUGUCGCUGCACAGAAGCGGCCAGCUGGCAGCAUGCACCAUGGUUCACGACGAAGAUGAGGGCACGUCAGUUCAGCUGUCAGCGCUGCUACCAGCAAAGGCGGCCGCAGCUCAGUCCUCACGCGGCUAUCCCUCCCAUUUCAGAACCACAGAAGACAUGCGAAAGGUGCCUCCUGGCAGCUUCCUGGCAGCCACCCCUGUCCCAGAGCAGGUGAACAUGGAGCUCGAGUCUUUUCACGAGCCAAUCAGCCCUGACAUGGAGCCCCUCACGGACGACGAGGAGAAUGAUGGAGGAGCUAAGACGCGCAGCAGCCGCUAUGUCACCUCUGAGUCUUGGUCCGGCAGCCUGCGGGAUCCUGGCUCAAGGCCCGGCAGUGGAGGGGGGAACAGCGGUGGCUGGGGACCCCCCGGCGGUGGCAGCCCAGGUCCCCCGCCGGCCCCGCCCGACAGCCCACCGCCCCCGCCGCCACACCGGGGGAGCUCAUCGCACAUUGAACAUGUGCAAGGCGGAGAACAGAGCAUGCGGACCAGGCACUGCACAUCAGUAUCUCCCAAGAAGCAGGGGAUGCUGCUCGCAAGUCGCCAGAGAGAGCCGCCCCACCAUCCGAGCUCAGCCGAGGCAGCCUCCAGCCCUGCAGCAGCAUACAGUGUCAGCCUGUCAGGACAGCAGCGCAGGGCCGAUCCUGCAGGACAGCAGAGGGGCGCGUGUGGACGAGAGCACAGACAUACAGUCACCGCUGACCCGGUGGCUGCGAAGUCAGAGCAAGCAUGCUUCAGGCAACCCGGGCAGAUACAGGCGGGCAAUGGGCACAUGCAUCCGGGCAGCGGGCACCAAGGUCCUGCCGACUGGGGACAGGGCGUUCCUGCCGGCCAGAUCAGCACUCACAUGCAGCAGCCCAUGCCCGAACGGCAGCCGCACCCGCAGAUGCUUCCGCAGAACCACAGCACGCAUUCCUAUCAGCACAUGCCCACCCAGCGGGAGCGCAGCAAGCAUCCGCAGCAUUGGCAGCCGCCGCAGCCGCAGCUGCUGCACCCAGGAGGGAAUCAGGCAGACACAGGCGCGCUGGGCAGCAUGCUGCAGGGCAUUUUGGAGAAUGUGCGCACGGCUGGAAGUGCUGUACGGCAGAUGGGCCACCCCCCGGUGCGGCUGGGACCUCCUUCCGAUCAGCCAACUGGGCCCGACUCAUUUUCUGGCGCGCAUCUUCACCCGCAGCAGAUCUUCACAGGUCCCGCCCCUUCCUACCCGUUGCAAGCGGCCCCGCCAGAGCCGUCAGGGCUGCUCUCAGGCACUGUCGGGGGGCCGGACCAGCCGUCACAUGGGCAGGAGUGGCAGGGUCACAUGUACCCCGGGCAGCCAACGCAGCAGAUGCUGCCGCCCUUUGGACAGAGCGGGCAGCUACAGCUGGGCAGCGGGCCGCCCAACGGGCCGGCCGGGCAGCCGUGUUUUGGGCAACUGCCGGCAGAGCCAACCCCUGUGUGGACUCACCCGGGGAACCCACAAAUCCAGCACCCUGGCACAUCCCAGCAUGCACGUGCACAGCAGAGCCAGCAGCCGCAGCUGCAGCACCAGUCAGAGCUGCCGCCAGUGAGGCACCCAUGGGAUGUGCAGCUACAGCAGCCUGGGGCACCACAUGCUCAGCAGGUUGUGCAUCACCCAGCGACUGUCACACAGCAGAGCGCGUACCCUUGGGGCUGA